CGGUGAGGAUUUUUCGUUGCCACACCAACAGAGACCGGUGCUCCGGUGGAGUUUGACGUGGCACUCUCGUUUCCACUGAGGGUUACAGACGGUAAAGAGGACUCUGCCCACUAUUCAGGUUGUCAGGAAUCUCCAGCUUGUUAUGAGUAGUCAGUGACACACGUCCCAUCGAGAAUGAGCCAACAGGGUUAUGCAGCUGCACCCCCAUACUCCCAGGCCCAACCAGGGAUGGGGGGCUACCAAGGUGGGUUUGGAGCUGCUCCCACCCAACCGUUCUACGGGCACUACGGAGGGCCGCCUCAGGCAGUUCAUGCUCAGCCUGCAGGUUUGGUAAAAUCCCCCGGUUCCUCUGCUGCUGGGAUGGCACCGCCUCCUUUGUCCAGUCAGUGCAACGCAAAUGUCCAGCAGAACGGAGCUCAUACACAAAGGUACCCUCCACCAGGUGUGUCUGCUCCAUACAGUCAGCCUCCAAUCUCAAAUCAUAACAAUAUGGCUUCCCCCAGCCCUCCUGAGGCCCAGCAGCUCACCAAUCAGAUGAGUUCUAUGAACUUGGGCAACUAUGGUCCAAUGAAGGUCUCCGCCCCUGCAGCCACCCCUUUUCAUUCACCUGCUUCUGUAAUGAGUCCGCAACAGGUGACUCCAGGAAUGCAGUCAACAUUAUUGCCGCCCCAGAUGUCUCCACCACAAUCACCUGCAGCAAGUAUGUCGAUGGGAGACCCACCAAUGGGAAGACAGCCAAUGGGAGGCCCACCAAUGGGAGGACAGGCAAUGGGAGGACAGCCAAUGGGAGGCCCACCAAUGGCAGGGCAGCAAAUGGGAGGCCCACCAAUGGGGGGACAGGCAAUGGGAGGACAGCCAAUGGGAGGCCCACCAAUGGCAGGGCAGCAAAUGGGAGGCCCACCAGUGGGGGGACAGCAAUUGGGAAGCCCCCCAAUAGCGGGCAUGAGUAGACCCUUUCCGGGACCACUACCUCCAAGUCCUGGAGGAUUCCAGCAGCUUGGUCCUGGACCCACUGGUCCACCAGCAUACCCACAGCAAGCAGGUCAGUUUGGGGGCGCCAUGUCUGGGCUGCAGCCAGGUAUGCCAGGAGCCUUCCCUGGAGCACCAGGAGGACUGGCUGGACCUCCUCAGAAGAAACUGGACCCUGAUUCUAUCCCGAGCAUAAUCCAAGUGAUAGAAGAUGACAAAGUAAGGUUUGGAGGACAGCUCUUUAACACCAACACCAGAGGACAGGUCCCACCUCUCGUUACCACUGACUUCACCGCUCAGGACCAAGGGAAUGCCAGUCCAAGAUUUAUGCGCUGCACCACCUACUCGCUGCCCUGCACCGCUGAUCUGGCCAAACAAUGCCAAGUCCCUCUGGCCUCCAUCAUCAAACCGUUUGCCAAUUUGCCCAAAAAUGAAACUCCCCUGUAUGUUGUAAAUCAUGGAGAGAGCGGCCCGAUCCGCUGCAACCGGUGCAAGGCCUACAUGUGUCCCUACAUGCAGUUCAUAGAUGGUGGUCGGCGUUACCAGUGUGGUUUCUGCAACUGUGUCAAUGAAGUCCCAGUCUUCUACUUCCAACACCUUGACCACAUGGGUCGGAGGGUGGACUUCUACGAGAGGCCCGAGCUGUCCCUGGGAUCUUAUGAGUUUGUUGCCACACUUGAAUACUGCAAGAACAACAAGCCUCCCAAUUCUCCUGCCUUCAUCUUUAUGAUCGACGUGUCAUAUAACAACAUCAAAAGCGGCCUGGUCAGACUGAUUUGUGAUGAGCUCAAGACCCUGUUGGAGAAGCUGCCCAGGCAGGAAGGUGCUGAGAGUUCUGCAGUCAAAGUGGGCUUUGUCACCUACAACAAGGUGCUCCACUUCUACAACGUGAAGAGCGCGUUGGCCCAGCCACAGAUGUUGGUGGUGUCGGACACGGCCGAGAUGUUUGUCCCGCUGCUCGACGGGUUCCUCGUGGACUACCAGGAGUCGAAGGCCGUCAUCUGCAACCUCCUGGACCAGAUCCCUGACAUGUUUGCAGACACCAACGAGAGCGAGACGGUCUUUGCCCCGGUGGUUCAGGCUGGCGUGGAGGCGUUUAAGGCGGCAGAAUGCAGCGGAAAACUCUUCAUCUUCCACUCGUCGAUGCCCACGGCCGAGGCGCCGGGAAAACUAAAGAACAGAGAUGAUAAGAAGCUGGUCGGCACCGACAAGGAGAAGACCCUGUUUCUGCCUCACAAAGGUGUGUACGAGCAGCUGUCUAAAGACUGUGUGGCCCAGGGCUGCUGUGUGGAUCUCUUCCUGUUCCCCAGCCAGUACCUGGACCUGGCCACCAUGGCCCAUGUGCCGUCACACACCGGGGGCUCUGUCUUCAAGUACAAUAACUUCCAGAUCCAGACAGACGGGGACCAUUUCCUCAGGGAUCUGAGGAAAGACUUACAGAAGAGCAUCGGCUUCGACGCCAUAAUGAGAGUCCGAACCAGUACAGGCUUCAGAGCCACGGAUUUCUUCGGAGCCGUCCACAUGAACAACACUACGGACAUCGAGAUGGCGGCUGUGGAUUGCGACAAAGCUGUGACGGUGGAAUUUAAGCACGACGACACGCUUGGAGAAGACACGGGCGCCCUUAUUCAGUGUGCCUUGCUGUACACCACCAUCGGUGGGCAGCGACGUCUCCGCGUCCACAACCUGAGUCUGAACUGCAGCUCGCAGCUGUCGGAGCUGUAUAAGAGCUGCGAGACCGACGCGCUCAUCAACUUCUUCGCCAAAUCAGCUUACCGAGCCAUACUGACCCAACCUGUGAAAAACGUGAGGGAGAUCUUAGUGAACCAGACCGCCCACAUGCUAGCCUGCUACAGGAAGAAUUGUGCCAGCCCGUCAGCUGUCAGCCAGCUCAUCCUGCCCGAUUCCAUGAAAGUGCUCCCCGUCUACAUGAACAGCCUGAUGAAGACGUCCCCUCUAGUGGGCAGCACCGAGCUCCCCACCGAUGAGCGGGCCCACCAGAGGCAGUCCCUCAUGGCCAUGGGGGUGGAGGAGACGCAGCUGCUUCUCUAUCCACGUCUCCUCCCUCUGCACAACAUAGACCCCGGCAGCGAGGCGGUGCCGGCUCCAGUUCGCUGCUCAGAGGAACGUCUGCUGGAUUCCGGCAUGUUCCUGCUGGAAAACGGGCAUUCCAUGUUUCUGUGGCUCGGACAAGCCAGCCCACCGGACCUCACCCAGAACCUCUUCAACGUGCCGUCUCUGGCUCAUCUACAGGACAACACGUGUGUGCUGCCAGAGCUGGACAACCUGUUGUCUAAGAAGAUCCACUCCAUCAUCAGUGAGCUUCUGGAGAAGAGACCAAACUCCAUGAAGCUCCAGAUUGUGAGGCAGAGAGAUAAACCAGAGAUGGUGUUUCGCCAGUUCCUGGUGGAGGACAAAGGUCUGCACGGCGGGGCCUCCUACGUGGACUUCCUGUGCUAUGUUCACAGAGAGAUCAGGCAGCUGCUCACUUAACCAGACGUCCUCUCAGAGAACUUACAGUAAGAGUGAGAUGGCCUCUUGAACAAAAGCCAUCUGAAUGGAAACCCAGGCCUUUUAGGAACAGCUUUAACCAUUUGUGACUUUCUAGUAAAUCUGGAGGAUUUAUUCUAUAAAAAUGGAGCGACUGGAAUGACCUCAGUGCUUGCGGCUGGAGCAAUACAACACCCACUGUGCAAUCAACUAGUUACAGCAUUUCCUGUUAUCUAGCGAGUAGAUUUAGAGCGUCUGAUAAGAAUUGGAGGCUGAUUCUAUCUGGCUGUGUGCACAGAUAUGCUCUUGAGAAGUGAAUAUGAGUCUUAAUAAAUGACGUUUGUUAUCUGAUUGGGUGAAAUAGGAAUGAAAAUUCAAAUAUGUAACAAGAACACACACCCAGCUGGAGUGAGUGGAUGUCUGUCCUGUAAUCACACAGAGUGAUUCAUGGUGUUUAAUUCUCUCACACACACACACACACACACACACACACACACACACACACACACACACACACACACACACACACACCAAAAGUCAAAUUCCUUCACCAUGUAUGGCUGAGCUUGUCCUCUCAAAGCUUUUUGUUUUUGAGUGCUAGCACUUGACGGCUCAGGCUCCAAACAAAAGAAGUCUGUCUCUCUGGUCCUCGAAGUCGGUGCUAAAACGGGAACAUUUAGUAAGAAAAAAAGGGACCUGCUAAGGUAUCAAAUUUACAUUUACAGCCCUCUUCACAUGAAUUAAUACGUUUAACAGUUUAAACAGAAGCAUAACCUUCUGUUCAUCAGACCAAGAUUCAGAUUUCACUUCUGUACAGCGUCUUAUUGGAUCACAUGACUUGUUUUUUAUUAGAGCUAUAAUUGGUGUUACUCAUCUGAAGACGACCGUGUCCUCGUGUUUCUGCGUCUUGUCCAGGAGGGACAGCCUGCCUUAUGUUGGUGCGAUUGUUCCAGAUGUCAGCCUUUUGGUUGGUUUGUAUGUAAACUUUAUCUCAGGUGAUUUGAGUCAAACAGAAAAUGAUGGACGUCACUUUUGUGACGAAACAUUCCAUUUAUGUACAUUUCAUUCCCAACUCUAAUCCAAAACUCUUUGUUAAUUAAACCAUUUGAAACAAU